AUGUCUAUUCCAGAGCCUACUAUAAGGCUACGCCCUGCCAGCAAAAUCGAGAAACGUUUCACUAUGCGUCACGCACUCGACUGGUAUCGAGGCCUGAUCAUAGCAGGGCUGUACACUGUGGACAAAAACUUCGCAUUCGACACUCGCAGGAUUACCUCCUACAUCCCUGCUUUGAAAUGGUGCAUCAAAUGCCAUCCUUUCCUCAGCGCAGCUAUAGACGGAUCACAUGGCGAAUCACCUGUGUUCGCUCGGCCAGCCAAAUUAGACCUCACACAUCACAUACAAAUCGUCGAUCCGGAAUCAAAUGCCUACAAAUCUGCGGUAGACGAGCUUGAGUUAUUCAGAAAAGUUGCUCUCGAAACUCAUGAUCAGCCAUGGGCGGACACAGAGCGUAUACCGCCGUGGAAAAUCGUGGUGCUACCACUUCCUGACCUGGCGACCAGCACACAGAAACGGGUAUACAUCAUAUAUUCCUACUCCCAUACUCAUGGCGACGCAAAAUCCGCACUAGCGUUCCACCGAACAUUUCUGCAAGGCCUCCAAACCCAGAUUAUAGACGAUUCCAACCAAAAUUUGAUCUACGAACCUCCUUCUUCACCACUCCCAUUACCGCUCGAAGAAGCAUGCAAGCUAAAAAUAUCCUGGUCUUUUCUUCUCGCUCCGGUCCUUGCGCAAUAUCUGCCGAAUAUCAUCUGUCGUCUGCUACGAAUACAAGUUGCUGCGAAUCAAUUAUCAAUUGAACGAGCCUAUACUGGCGAAAUCACGCGUUACGACAAGGACAAUCUCCAUACUGCAUCUCAGAUCCUGAUCGUGCAACAAAAUCUGGUUGCAAAACUGCUAGCAGUCUGCAAAUCUCACAACUCAAAAUUAACCGGCCUACUAAAUCGCCUGAUCGUCCAUGCGCUGAGCGAGCUUUUACCCGCUGAAUCCGGAAACGAGUUUCUAGGCCAAAUCGUCGUUGACCUUCGAUCACACAUACCGGCAUACGCAAAUGGCAUGACGAUGGGGAAUUUUGUAUCCGUGGCUUACGAUACAUCACCCAAAAUCACACUCGACCCAGACUCAGGAAAAUAUGACGAGACGUUUUGGAACGCUGUCCGCGGAACAACGACGCGACUAGCUGCGGUCGCUGGCACGUUGGAUGACCAACCCAUAGGCUUAUUAAAGUAUCUCAGCAAUUUCCGGUCCUGGUUCAUUGGCCAACUAGGCAAGAAGCGCGACUCAUCCUAUGAGAUUAGUAAUAUCGGUGUUUUUGACCCGAUACUACCUAACGAUACGAACACCGCCGGAUCAUCAACUUGGGCUAUUGAGAGGGCGAUUUUCUCUCAGCCUGCUAAUGUGCUUGGCUCGCCGUUGAAUUUUCAGGUUGUGACUAUGAAGGGUGGCGAUAUGGUUAUUACGUUGAAUUGGCAGGUUGGCGUUAUGGGUGUGCCGGAUGAGGAUGGGUUUGCGAAGGCGGUUCUGGGGUAUAUUGAUAAUGGGAUGAGUGAGAUUGCUUCUAUUUCUUUGUGA